AUGGGAGUAUUUGAUCGAGCGUUAUUUGAAAAAGAAACAUCUCGAACUUUCGACCCGAAGGAAAUUGCAUCAGCCACUGCUCGUUAUGAAAAAGAAGGUGCAGAAUUAUCGAAACAGGUCAAAUUGUUCUGUAUGAUAGACCUUUCUACUCUUCAGAAGGAGCAGGUGCGAAAAGUUGUCAGUUACAUAGAUCUGACCACGUUGGCUGGAGACGACACCAAGAGUAGAGUCGAGAAGCUUGUGGAUAGAGCUCUCUCUCCGAUUCCCGGUGACCCUUCAGUUACUUGCGCUGCUGUCUGUGUUUAUCCGCAACGCGUGCACAACGUAGCCAGCCAUCUAAAAGACAUAAAAAAGAAGUUCAAUGUUGCAGCAGUUGCUGCGGGUUUCCCUUCAGGACAGUAUCAUUUGAAAUCGAAGUUGUUAGAAGUGCAGUUGACAGUGGCAGAUGGUGCAAAUGAGAUUGAUAUUGUUAUCAGUCGUGCUGCUGCCCUCGAAGGCGAAUGGGAAAGCUCCGACUUCAUCAAAACGUCAACGGGGAAAGAGACUACAAAUGCUACCUUGGAAGUAUCAUUUGUAAUGUGCUCCGCUAUCAAGAGAUGGUAUGAGCUAACAGGCAAGAAAGUAGGCUUCAAACCAGCUGGAGGGAUUAAAACACCACUGGAGGCUCUUGCUUACGUUGCUCUUGUUAAAAAUGUACGUUCUCUUUUUUUGUUAUUAACAAGGUAG